AUGGAGGUUUGGAGCACCGUGGGGCAGGCUGCCAUCGGGUGGCUGGUGGAGGGCAUCCUUGGGUCAUUGUUCACCGAGAAGCUGAUUUCCUGGUUUAGGCAAGUUAAUCUCGACGAGGACGUCGAGAAGCUGGUGUGGGAGAUGAGGAACGUCGCCGUGGUGCUUGAGGCCGCCAAGGGGAUGAAGAUCCACGAGAACGAUCCGCUGGCUGGGUCUCUUUUUAAUCUGAAAGACCUCCUGUACGACGCGGAGGACGUGCUGGAUGAGCUCGACUACUAUCAGCUUAAAGAAAAGAUCAUCAAAGGCAACAGUGAGGAGGAUACAGUUCAAACUAUUUCAUCUUUCUUUCCUAUCCGUUGGUUCACCGGCUGGAAAAGGAAAAGAGAAGAAAACCACGCAUUCAUUGAUGAUAAGAGUCAAUUUUCUGUUACGACAAAACAAAUUGCUGGUAAACUACGGGAUGCCUGCAGUGAUGUCAGCAAGGGUCUCAAGAUAAACGGAUUAUUAAAGUCUCCUGAAGCUUCAAAUCUAAGUCAUCAGAGCACACCUCCGGCCACAAAUGCAACAACGUCGUCUUAUCUUCUUGAGCCCAUAGUGUAUGGGAGGGAUGAAGAGAUGGAAUCCAUCAGAAAGCUGAUCAUGACAAAUAACAGUAAUAGAUCCAAUGGCAUAACCAUCCUGCCAAUUGUAGGCAAUGGAGGGAUAGGGAAAACCACUCUGGCCCAGCUUGUCUACAAGGAUUCAGAGAUAGGAAAGUCUGCAAUCAAGAUAUGGGUCCAUGUAUCCGAUAAAUUCGACUUGCAUAAAGUGACGAGGGAGAUUUUGGAGUGUGUCUCCAAGAAGAAGCAAAAAGAAACGAGCAACUUCAAUAUGCUUCAACAGGAUCUUGAGAAACAUAUGAAAUCCAAGAGGUUCUUGAUUGUUUUGGAUGAUGUUUGGGAUGUCACUACUGACUCUUGGAACAAACUACUGGCUCCUUUAAUAGCUAAUCAUGUGAAUCCGUCACAGGAAAAAGUGACAGGUAAUAGUGUGAUCAUUGUCACAACUCGAAACCGCACUACUGCCGAAUUUUGUGGAACGGUACGGUCAAUUAAUUUAGGUGGUCUGGAAGAUGAUGGCAUAUGGUCACUAUUUAAAGUAUAUGCUUUUGGUAGUGAUAGACAUGGCAGUGAUCCAAAUUUACAAAAUCUUGGGAGGAAAAUAGCUAAGGAGCUAAAAGGCAACCCAUUGGCGGCAAAAACUGUGGGCUCCCUGUUACGAAGGAACCUUACCGUAGAUCAUUGGAGCAGCAUUAUAGAGAACAAAGAAUGGCAAUCCCUGCAACAUACUGAUGGCAUCAUGCAUGCGUUGAAGUUCAGCUAUGAUCAUCUACCCAGCCACUUACAGCAGUGUUUCUCUUAUUGUUCUCUUUUCCCCAAAGGUUACUAUUUUAAUGAAGCACAACUGAUACAUAUUUGGAUUGCUCAAGGUUUUGUGGAAAGAUCCAGUGAGAACUUGGAGCAGAAAGGAAGGGAAUAUCUAGCUGAAUUGGUGAACUCUGGUUUCUAUCAGCAGGUUGAAAUUAUGUGGCCGACUUUGUCCGAAGAGUAUGUUGUGCAUGAUCUUAUGCAUGAUUUAGCGAGAAUGGUUUCACAGACAGAAUGUGCAACUAUAGAUGGUUCAGAGUGCAAAGAGCUAGCACCAAGUAUACGCCAUUUGUCAAUACUAACUGAUUCUGCGUACUGGGAGGAACCAAAUGGAAACAUAUCUCGUAAUGAAGAAUUUGAGAAAAGAUUGCUGAAAGUUACAUCAAGGAGUAAGUUGAGGACAUUGAUUUUAAUUGGGCAACAUGACACUCUCUUUUUCCAGUCUUUCCAAAAUGCUUUCAAGGAGGCACAGCAUUUGCGACUGUUGCAUAUGACUUCAAAAUAUGCUAACUUCGAUUCUUUUCUUUCCAAAUUGGUAAAUUAUAUACAUCUCCGGUAUCUAAGAGUUGAGAAUGAAGAGUUCCAAGGAGCUUUGCCCCAAGCUCUGGACAAGUGUUACCAUCUUCAAGUACUAGAUAUUAACUCAUGUACUCCCGACGAAUAUUUCAGUGAUAGUGACAUGAGUUCUGAACCUUCUAUGGACAUGGAAGGAGAAGGGGAGAGACUACCGAAGAGUGACAUUGAAGUUACCUUCCCAACUUGGUUUGCAACUUCACUUGCAUCUUUGCAAGCACUUCAUCUAGAAAAUUGUGGAAAAUGGCAAAUACUUUCUCUAGACAGGCUAUGUUUACUUAAGAAGCUUGUAUUGAUCAGAAUGAGCAAUGCAGUAGAAGUCAUAAUUCGUUCACUGGAGGAGCUUGUGUUGAUUGAAAUGCCAAAGUUGAAGAGAUGCUCCUGCACUUCUGUCACUUCUGUCAGGAUCAUGAACUAUAGCUUAAGGGUUCUGACGAUUAAAAGCUGCCCUGAACUGGAGCUCUUUCCGUUGUUUGAGAACUGCCACCAAUUUAAUGUCAAACGGGCAUCAUGGUUUUUCCGUCUUUGCAAGCUUACCAUCCAUGAUUGUCCUAAUUUAUCUAUGCCUCAUUCUCUUCCUCCCUCAACUAUUGUUUCGGAGUUAUCCAUCUCCCGAGUUUCAACGCUUCCAACGAUGGAGGGGUCAUCCAGUGGAACAUUAAGAAUUGGACUCCCCAUUAGUAGUUCUUCUCAGCUUUUCGACGGGGAUUCUGAUCAGCUGACAACAUUGAAUUACAAAGUUCUGUCAUUCCAUAACAUGAGGUUCCUAACUGGGUUGGUAAUAAAUGGUUGUCAACAUCUUACGUCUAUUUCGUUCAAAGGUUUAAGGAAACUCAUAUGCUUGAAGAGUUUGGAAAUAUACAGCUGCCCAGAAUUUCUCUCUUCAGAUGUACCAUCAGAACUUAUCUGUAAAGGCACUACAGCUGAAAAUCGUGAUGCCCUCCCAUCUCUCGAGUGUCUCACUAUUAUUAGUUGUGGAAUAACGGGCAAGUGGCUAUCUCUCAUGAUGGAACAUGCACAGGCCUUACAGGAGCUAUGCUUAGUUGAUUGCAAGAAUAUAACAGGGCUAUCAAUAGGACAGGAAGAAGCCAGCCAACCAAAUAUUAUGUCAUCUCUGGAGGCUUCGUCAUUAGGAUAUCCAGAUGACGCGAGGACAAGUUCAGCGCAAGACGGACUCCUGCGCAUUCCAUUAAAUCUCAUCUCCUCUCUAAAGAAGAUAUCUGUUAGAGAGUGUUCUGAUAUAUCAUUUAUCGAUAGCGAUGAAGGUUUCGCUAGAUUUGCCUCCCUUGAGGAGCUCAGCAUUGAUGUAUGUGAUGAUUUGGCAGAAAAGCUGCUGCCUUGUUUACUAGGGAAUGCCAUGCACCUCAAAAAACUACAAGUUGAGGCAAUCUUUUUGAAGUCUCUACAGCUGCAAUCAUGCAUGGCACUCGAGGAGCUGGAUAUUUUAUGUUGUGAAUCGCUCACAGCACUAGAGGGCUUCCAAUCCCUCCGCAGCCUGAGGUGUUUGAAAGUAUGGGAAUGCUCCGGCUUCGUUCCAUGUUUGGAGGGUUUGUCACGGCAGGGCCAUCAGCUAUUCCCUCGACUGGAAAGGUUGGUGAUCGAUGACCCCUCUAUCCUUAACACAUCUUUCCGCAGUCAGCUUACCUCCCUCACACGCCUAGAGCUUUCUGGUUGCUCAAACGAAGUAGAGAGACUAACGGAUGAGCAGGAUAAUGGGCUUCAGCACCUCACAAGCCUGGAAGAGCUCCAAUUUUCGUCGUGCAUCUAUCUCAAGGAUCUUCCCGCGGGGCUGCACAACCUUCCCUCCCUCAAGAAGUUGGAGAUCUCCGAGUGCAAGAAAAUUGUUCAGCUACCGAAUGAGGGCCUCCCACCUUCGCUAGAAGAAUUGGAUAUCAGUUAUUGCAGCAGAGAGCUCUCUGACCAGUGCAGAACGCUAGCAAACAAGCUGAAGGUCAAAAUUAGGCCUCGUAUACUGGAUUCUUAAAUAGCAGGAACAGAAAAGAUACUGGGACGAGGUCGAAAGAACGGAGUUAAUCGAAGGUGAAGAAGAUACAAUCACCUGGAAGCUGGAACCACAGGCCAACUUCACGGUCAGAUUGGCAUAUGAUCUAUUAUUCAUGGCAACAGAAGGCACCCGUUGGGGAUCCUUGUUAUGGAAGACACGAGCGCCAUCAAAAGUGAAGUUCUUCGUCUGGCUAGCGAUCAAGAGGAGAUGUUUGACAGCUAACAAUCUUCAGAAGAGAGGAUGGCCAAAUCAAACAAUCUGUGCUCUUUGCUACCAGAUUGACGAAACCUACGACCACCUCCUGAUGAAAUGUGAUUACACAGACAGGGUAUGGCGGCUAUGGAAGGCAUGGACAAACAUCCCCUUCCAAACCCCAAGGGAAGCAGGAAAGGAGUUGCAAGACUGGUGGAUCGACACGAGACAGGUCUUCGGCAAAAAAUUUCGAAAAUCCUUCGAUUCAGCUUUUGUGUUGAUCUGUUGGGAGAUCUGUAAAUAGACAAAUGCCAGGAUUUUCCAAGGAACUACUGCUACCCCAGCGAGACUCUUUAAUGUAAUUAGAGAUGAAACCCUUGUCUGGCUAGAGGCAGGUCUAUUCAAGCAGGUCGAGAACUAGUUAACUUGUAAUAGCCUGUAAUACUGUAGCAGGUCUUAGUUUUUUUCGGUUCCUCCCGGCAAUGGCCGGACUCAGCGCUUUGCGCCGAGCGUCUUAGGAAUCACUUGUUUCUUUCCUCCUUCCAAUCUUAAUAUACUCGGUAGGCCGUCUUGGC